AAGCAGAGAGCUUGGCGAGGCGAGCGAGCGGGCGCAGCGCUGAAGGAGCUCGGCAGAAGGAAGCCUCCGUGAGCUUUUUUUUCCCCCUUCCCCCUCCUUCUCUUUGCAAGCAAAAGAGAGACGAGGAGGAGGAGGAGGAAGAGGAAGAAGAAUAGGGAGGAGGAGGAGGAGGAGGCGGGGGGGCUCCGCGCGAAAGCCCCGCCAAGGCUCUGGCUUGUGUCUUGCCUUUUCCUCCACCCAGCCGCGGCGGAGCGAGCAGAGAGAGAGCCGAGCCGGGGAGCAAAUUCUCUCCGCCUUGCAGAUUUGCGCCCCCCCUCCCGCCCCCAGCUGCCGGCUGGCUUUUCUUUUGUGUGUUUGCAAGGCAAGGCAAGGCAAGGGGAGCCAGCCAGCCAGCCAGCCGGCGAGGGAGGGAGGGAGGGAGGGGGCGAGGCGAGGAGCCGCGGGGGCGUCAUGUCCAGCCGAGUUGCGUGAGGAUAAUGCGAGCGGGCGAGCCGCGGGGGCGAUGAAUAUGCUUUCGCUGAAGGUUGGCAGUGGCGCCGAAGGGUCGGGCAGCCUCCCCGGCGGCGAGGGGUCCGCACCGCCUCGGGAGGUGGGGAAAAGUCUCCCCCGGAAAGCAGCCGCCGAAGGGAUCGGGGCCCAGCAGCAGCAGCAGCAGGCUGAUGGGAGCUCCAUCACCUGCCAGCCAGUUGGUCUGGAAAAUGGGGGCAACCCACCAGCUGAAUGGAUCUCUCGGACCCAGGGCUCAAGCCUGCGGCAGCCCAACAACGAAGUGGACCUCGGUGACAGGAACUUCAAAGUGACCCUGCAUUGCAAGCACAUGCGGCCCAGAGAACUGAAGUGCAACAGCAGGAGCAGCAAAACAGAAGGUCAGAGUUCCAUGUAUGCUGACACUCACACCAGCAACUGCUCUGCAAAGAGGCACUCGGGUGAAGAUGAAUUAAGGAGGCGCCUGAAAUCUCAGGUCCCGUCCUUAGGAGGUACCAUCCACAGCUCUUCUGAUUACUCUCAAGAGCCAAAGUUCUACCAGGCAGGGCACCCUGGUCAAAAGGCAGAGAAGGCCCUGGCAUUCAGCAUGCUCAGCUUCCCAGAGGGUUCUUGCUCAUCGUUAGGCCGGGACCACAAAUCUGGCUCCUUUCGUCACACUGAGACGGUCGACCGGUACAAGAGCCCCCACGGCCAGAGCAACAUCAAGACAGAGGACUUGCUGCCAGCGAAUGCUGUGGACUGUCCAGGUGUUGUCCGGGCCCUAGAUGAGACAGCCACGCAGGACAGAGCUGCCAAGACCUUCUCCAAUGCGACCUUGGCCUCAGGCAGGUGCAACAUUGACAGCAUCAUCUCCCUGCUCAAGAGCAAGUGUGGUAACGGGCGCAUCAACCUCUACCCUGUAGUGCAGCUCAUUGAUAUCAUGAAGGACAUCAACCGUCUCUCCCAGGACCUGAAGAGCUGUGGUGUUCACCUGGACUGCAGCGGCCUGCAGUUUGACAGCCACGAGCUACCCAAUGAAGAGGUCCACAAUCAGGGACUGCAGUACAGUUUCUACUCCUUGCCCACGCUGGCCAACAGCAUCCGUAGUCCCGAGGAGCAAGCAGCACAGGCCUGUACCAAAACUGAGCUGCCCAAGCAAAGUCAACCUGACCUCUAUGCAGAACAGGCAGAGGGGGACAAAGAGAGCACCCAGUACUCAGCCUGCCAGAGUAGUCCUGCUUUGAAGGCAUCCAGCAGCUUAGAUGAAGGCAGCAGCUCGGAAUCGGAUACCACUGACUAUACUGAACUGGCCGACACAGAUAUUUUGAGUGAGCUGGCUUCUCUGGCUUGCCCAGACCCUCCGCUGCUAGACCAUCAGCAUCCAGAGUCUCACCCCCAGUUGCUAGAAAGUCAGGAACUAGACGCAGGAUCCCAGUUAAUUGGUUCGCCAUCUCCGGAACACCAGCCCCAACUAGUAGAUUCCAAGUCUCUGGAACCCCCUCCGGAGCCUCUGGCUUUACAGACUGUGGAUCCACUGCCUGCACCACCUGGGCUGCAGACCCUAGAACCUCUGGAGCUGCAGACUCUAGAACCGUUGUCUGAGUCGCUUUCUCUCCAGUCCUUGGAGCCCCUUUCGGAGCCAUUAGGGCUGCAGUCUUUAGGGGCCCUGGAUCACCAACUGCUUGACUCCCAAGGCCACCUUCUGGAUUCUGAGGCUCAGCUGCUAGAUUCCCUUCCCAAAUUGUUAGACUCCCAGCCACAUUUGGGGACAGACGAGUCCCUGGGAACGCACCCGCUGCAACCCCAGCCCCGUCUCGGAGGUUGCUCUGUGAGAGGAGCGGUAAGGCGAGGGGCAGGACGGGGCAGGGAUGAUCACAGGAAGUAUGCUCUGCGCAGAACAGACAAACCAAAGAUUCUGUGCCGCCGGAGGAGGGGAGGCCGGGGUCGGCGGGCAGAGAUUGUAGCUGAGACCAGAGUCCUCCCCACAGCUGUACCAGUGGAGGUAGUUGUGGCACAGCCAGAUGAGGUGAUCGUGCCUGUGGUGGCUGUGCCAGUACAGGAAGAGGUGGAUCCCCUCCUCUCCACCUUGGACUUAGAGGACAGUCAGAAGGCCCCUGCCAACCUGCCUGCCCCAAAGCCCAAAUGCCGUGGCGUGCGCAGGAUGGUGGUAAAGAUGGCCAAGAUCCCGGUUUCCCUUGGGAGGCGGAACAAGACGACGUACAAAGUGUCCUCUCUGACCAGCAACUUGAAUUUGGAAGGCAAAGAGCUGAUAACUUGCCACUCGGUUGAGCCCACCCCACUGCUGAAGAUGAAAAACAAUGGCCGUAAUGUCGUCGUGGUCUUCCCUCCUGGUGAGAUGCCAAUUAUCCUGAAACGGAAGCGGGGGAGGCCCCCUAAAAACUUGAUGCUGGGGCCCUGCAAACCUAAGGAGCCUGCUCCGGAGGUGAAGAAACGGAGGAGGAGGAAGCAGAAGCUGGCCUCACCACAGCCCUCGUACGUUGCUGACACCAAUGACAGCAAAGCAGACUACUCGGAUGUCCUGGCCAAGCUGGCCUUUCUGAACCGUCAAAGCCAGUGCUCAGCACGCUGCUCCCCACCGCGCUGCUGGACCCCAAGCGAGCCAGACUCCAUCCACCAGGCCCCCGACACCCAAAGCAUCUCCCACUUUUUGCACCGGGUCCAGGGUUUCCGACGGCGUGGUGGCAAAGGAGGGGGGUUUGGCCGUGGAGGGGGACACUCUGCCCGCUCAUCCCGCUGCUCCUUUAGUGAUUUCUUCGAAGGUAUCGGCAAGAAAAAGAAGGCGACCCCGGUCGCAGCUAUGCACGCUGACCCUGUGCACCCACGGAAGCGAGGCCGACAAGAACAAGACUCCACGGACAAGCCCAAGAGGAAGAGGCGGUCCCGCAAGAACGGGGUGUUGUUUCCGGAGCAGAACCUGGGGCAGAACUUCAACGACGGGGCCUCUGAAUGGAGUGGAGACAAGGAGAGCCUGUGGAUGCCCCACCACGGACACCUCUCCAGCCAGACCAACAGAAACUGCAGUUUCCAAGAUGCUGACUCUCGAACCUUCCAUUCCUCCACCAUGGAGACCAGUUCUUCCAGCAGGAGUGGAUUUUACAGUGGCAGCAACCCGUCGUCGCAAUCUGAGUUGAGCCAAGAGAGACACAAUCUUUUCACUGGCUACUUCCGCUCCCUGCUCGAUUCGGACGAUUCCUCCGAUCUGCUGGACUUUGCUCUUUCAAAUACGCGCUCCGAGUCACGGAAAUCCGCCACCACCUACACAGCCCCUCCCAAUGCCAUAGCUACCCAGAGGGGUAUGGCGUCGUACCCAAGCCGAGGAGGCAAAGGGACACCUGCCUCCACCACGACCACUGCGACUACUGAGACGCCCUUCCAUACGGUCAUGCCCAGCCGGCAGUCGUUCCCUCCCAACAGAGUGGCAGGAUACAACAUGUCUCAGGCACCUUCAGACUGCCGUGGCACAGAUGCCUUCCAGAAGCUGGUACCUCUGUCGGCUGUUUCCAGGUCACCCACGGCUCACUCCUCGGCCGCCUCCACCUAUGCACAGUACGGUAGCUACAGCAGCAGCGGCGGAGGGCAGAACGUGACCUCCUCCAGCAUAUUCCAGCAAGGGAAGCCAUACCAUGCCACGCAAGACUGCCCCAACAACAAAGACUGUAGCUUCACCUACGGCAGCGGCAACAGCCUGCCGUCGUCACCGAGCAGUGCCCACAGCGUCAGCUAUGCUCAGCAGACGUCAGGGCCCAGCUUGCCCUUGAGUAAAGCCUCCUUCUUCAGCAGUUCGGAUCCCAGCCAGUUCUCCAGCUCCUCCCACACACCCAUGAGGUGUGACAGCCGGGCCAGCACUGUGUCCCCCGGUGGCUACAUGGUCCCCAAAGGUUCCGCCUCCUUCCAGCCUUCGCCCGAAAACUGUCGGCAGUUCCCCAGCGCCUCCCAGUGGGCUUUCCGGCAAGGCUACGGCAACCUGGACUGGAGCUCUGACGCCUUCAGCCAGCUCUACAACCCAGGUUUUGACUGCCAUAUCAACGAACCCAACGUCAUUCUGGACAUCUCCAACUACACGCCACAGAAAGCCAAGCAGCAAACGGUGUCCGAGACCUUCUCCGAGUCCUCCUCGGACAGCACCCAGUUCAACCAGCCGGCCGGCUACAGAAGGGCUAACAGCGAGGCCUCGUCUAGUGAAGGUCAGUCCAGCCUCUCUAGCCUAGAGAAGCUCAUGAUGGACUGGAACGAUUCCUCUUCCGCCCCAGGUUACAACUGGAACCAGAGUGUCUUGUUCCAGAGUAGCUCCAAGCCGGGACGUGGAAGGCGGAAGAAAGUGGACAUAUUUGAUGCUGCCCAUCUUAAUUUCACGACGUCGGCAUAUCCCUCCAAGCGGGGCACGGGGGUUCGGCAGCCCCGGGGCUCUCGGGGAGCAUGUGCCUCCAAAAAGGAGAGAGGCACAGGGAAGUCCAAGUUCCCUGCCAAAUCCCAGCCGGUGAACCCGCUGUUCCAAGACAGUACUGACCUUGGCCUGGAUUAUUACAGUGGAGACAGCAGCAUGUCCCCCCUGCCCUCUCAAUCCCGGGGCUUUGGGCUCAGUGAAAGAGACCCUUGCGACUUCGCAGGGCCUUACUCCAUGAAUCCCUCCACUCCUUCCGACGGCACUUUUGGCCAAGGGUUCCAGAGCGACUCCCCUGGACUUGGGCAGCCAGACCUGGAAAGCAAACAUUUCCCCAGCAUCCCUCACCAGCUGGCUGCCCCGCCCCCUCAACAGACUGUGUUUGAAACGGGCUUGCAAAAAGCUUUCUCGCCCAAUUGCUCCCCGACUCUGGCCUUUAAAGAGGACUUACGGUCCAGCGACAUCCGGAAGCUUCCAGCCUGCGAUUCGCUCAAACACAGCAUGCAAGGGGCUGGCGGCAUGGCCCACUCGGCCGUGCAUAUGUCUUGCCGGGACCUGCCCAUGUCUCAGCCACACUACGACUCCCCCAGUUGCAAAAACCCGGGCUAUUGGUACUCCCCCACCUCCAGCACCCGAAGCCCCCCCUACGACAACAAAGUUGGGGUUGGGAUGCUCAUGGACUUCAUGGGGAGGACCCCAGAUACUUCCUGCCUCAACCCCCACCUGACUAGCCCCCCCAGCACCAACCCUUCCAAGAACGAGAAGGAACCUAUGGACAUGGCCAGGGUUCACCACCGAGGGGCCUACAUUUGCCCCUUGAUGAAUGACUUGAAUAUCUCCCCAGUCCCGAGAGACUCUAUGCUGCCGCUGCAGGACAACUACAGGUACCCCAGCUUUGCACCCCAAGGACACCCCAUCAUGGCUGGAGCCCAGAAGAGUGGGUUUUUGGGUCCAGUGCUAGAGCAGCACCCUGAGGACACGUUCACAGUCACCUCAUUGUAGUGUCAUCUGAAGUGCCAACCGGACAACGAGGUUUUGUUUCAGGAGCUACUUUAGCCAGCACUUUUUCUGGAACACUUUUCAAGUUCUGUAUUUAAUGGAAAUCAAAAAAAACCCUGCUUUUGUUUGUUUGUUUGUUCUUUUGGGGUUUUUUUCUAUAAAAGACGGGAAGAGGAGAGAGAGAUAAAUACCCUUUUUUUAAAAAAAUAAAGGAAAAUAUAUUAAAAAAAUUAAAAACUCGCUUUCUUUGAGAAUGGCAUGGAGAUGAUUCUUUUUAGAACCGGACCAUGUCGAGAACCCUCUCCCUACCCCGCAGUCCAGCAGAAAGACAAUCGAACAGGAAUGGACGCCACCCGGGAGGAGUGUGAGAGCGCACGGGUUGCUCUAACCCACUCCCUCCUUCACGCACAGCAUGUGUACAGGACACACACCUGGAAGACAACCGGCAACCAGCAGGGACAGCCUCGGGGAAGGGGGUGUUGUUUUUUGUUUCUUUUUAUUGGGGGGGGGGGGAGAAAACCGUCUAAUCUGUGAACUCAAAAUGAAAACUCAGUGAAGACUGAAGACUCAGCAUUUUCCUCCUCAUCUCCUCUCUCCCUGCCCAGGUGCGGGUUUCAUUUUUCUCCCAAUUUGUUUGCUUUUUUUAAAAAAAGAGAAAAUAUUUUUGUUGCUUAAUAUCUUUGGAGAGCCCAGAAGAUUUUUCAAGUCUGUGAAUGGAUCUUGAUGGAGUCACUGUUACCUCCCAUUUCCAUAACUGACAAGAGGAUCCUCCCCAACCAUGCUGGCUCUGCUCUUGUAACAAAGGGACAGCCAUCCCCAGCUACUCUCUUGACAGUGCGUCUUCGCAGAGGGUGGAGGGGAGUUCCACCAGAAACAUCCUUGCCCACGGAAGUUCCAGCAAGAAGAAGGACACUUCCUGUUCCCUAACACCCCACACCCCACCCCGUCUUGUACUCUUCUGUGUUGCUGCCUCUUCCUCUUUCCCCCUCAGUCCUAGAUCUGUCACUGAGGUGCUUAGUUCUCUUCUAAUGAGAAGCAAGUUGGGCUUGCCGGGGAGGGGGGGGGGGAGCGUGGACGGGAAACAGGGGCUUUUCUUUCUGCACAAAACCAGCAAUUGUAAAUACUUUUCGAAAAUGUAAAAAAAUAAAAAAACCAAUACAAAAAACGGAAACAAAACGAAAACACACAAAACGUUUUCAAAAUCAGAAAUUGCGGGGGGGUGGGGCGGAGAAUCCAGAGAGAGAAUCCAAGCAGGAGAAAAGCUAAUUGUGUUGGGUAUGCACUGAGAAAUCUAUUUGCAGAUGGUUUGACAAAAAAGUAACAAGAAACCUAUUUAUUGUAUAUAAUGUUUUAUUAUAAAUCGUGUAUUGUAUAUUGCAUCUGUACAUCUGCUGUGGUUUUGUGAUGUGCAAAUUUCAGCAUGGGUUUCAUUGAGGGUUUUAAGUUGCUUUUUUAUUGUUUCGGGGGGUUGGUUUUUGUUUUUUCGGCAGUACACACCCAAAGAUCCAAGUUUGUAUUAAAAAAAACCCCUAGGAAAAAUAUUAAAGAUAAACCAAGAAGCCCUCUUUUGUUGGGGAGGGGGGGGAGAGGGAGGGGCUCCAAGGCAUUUUCUGAGUUUUCAUUGGACACUUGUAAACCGAAACAAGUAUUUCCUUCCUCCGUGUGUACCCCAUUGCGCGGUGCUGAGCUCAGGGUGUGUAUGUGUGUGCGUGCGGCUGACCUCUUUUCCACCUCUGCCCACCUCUUUAUACCUGCUCCUUCCCAGAAAAACCCUUGUUUCCCAUGGAUUUGGAGACUUCUGUACAGCUUUGUGGAUUGUGCAAAAGAAAAAAAAAGGAAGACACUUGUUACCCACUUCCACCCCCCGCCCCCAGAAGUCCUGUGUUGUCAAUUACUGAUCUGAACUGUGCAAGUGUUUGCAACUAAAUAGACCAGAGACAGAAACACACCUCUGAUUUUACCAUAUAAGCUCCUUGCCUGCUUGAAUCUUUCCCCGGGGCCAAGUUGCCUUCAUCUGCUCCCCCCCGAAGCCCCCCCUUUUUUGCUUCCCCCCCUUCCUCCCCUGAACCCCAACUGGUCUUUUUGUGUAUUUAGGAAGGAAUUUUUAAUAGACACUUUUUUAUAUUAAAAGAAACCUAUAUAUUGA